UUUUUUCAUUGCGCGCUAAGUAGUCUGGGUAAUUGAAGCAGCAUGGCGGAGUAUUUGGCGUCCAUUUUUGGAACAGAAAAGGACAAAGUAAAUUGCUCUUUCUACUUUAAAAUUGGUGCUUGUCGCCAUGGGGAACGCUGUUCACGACUUCACAACAAGCCCACCUUUAGUCAGACCAUUUUACUUCAAAACAUGUAUCAAAAUCCACAGAGUGCUGCACAGGUUGCAGAUGGGACAAGUAGUGCCAUUUCUGAUGUAGAAGCUCAGGAGCAUUAUGACAGAUUCUUUGAGGAUGUUUUCCUGGAGCUUGAAGAGAAGUAUGGAGAAAUCGAGGAAAUGAAUGUGUGUGACAACCUUGGAGAUCACCUUGUUGGUAAUGUGUAUGUCAAGUUCCGCUAUGAAGAAGAUGCUGAGAAAGCUGUUAAAGACCUGGACAACCGCUGGUACAAUGGGCAACCAAUCUAUGCAGAGCUAUCACCAGUGACUGAUUUCAGGGAAGCGUGUUGCCGACAGUAUGAAAUGGGUGAAUGCACACGUGGAGGGUUUUGUAACUUCAUGCAUCUGAGACCGAUCUCACGGGACAGCCGACGAGAGCUGUAUGGACGUAACCGACGCAAGAGAAGAGGUGCUGGUGCUGGUGCAGCCGGCGCUAAAGAAACAUCACCACGGUCUCGCUCAGUUUCUCCUCCGUACACCCGCCGUUCACGAUCCAGGUCUCCACCACCGCCUCCCCGCCGUCGUUCCCGUUCCCCUCCCCGCCGAGAUAGAUCGCGCUCACCACCACGACGAGACAGAUCCCCACGUGACCGAGACAGACGAGGUCGUCACUAAGAGGGGAUCCUCUGUAUCGCUAUUAUUGCUCUGUACUGUAUAAGAUAUUGUAACUCUACUUUCAGUUCUGAGAUCAGUUUAUUUGCGUUGUUUGAAGAACCGACUUGGAAAACUUCCGACAACCUCUAACGUCCUGAAAACUUCGGGUUUUCUUGUCAGACUUAGUGGUAAGAAGUGACUACCGUUCAAGACAUUCUUGCAGUCUCACGCGAAGAGUUCCCGACCCGUUAUGCCCAAUAGGAACAAACCUGAGCUGUUCUUUUCUCUCAUGUAUGUUAGGCCUGGUUCAAACGUCGAACUUUACAUGUGCCGAACCUAAUACCAAUUUGGGUCGACCUAAAUAAUUAAGUUCGGCAGUUGAUUCAAACGUCGAACCUAAUUUAAUCGAACUUAAUUGCAAAAAUAAAAGAGACGCUAUUGCAAACGACGGUUAUUGCUGACCAAAAUGGCGGGAAAAUGUGGGAAAGACUAAUUGUGAAAAUGAAGAGCUUGCUUUUCUUGCAAGUGCGAUGAAGGAGGGUAGAACUAUUCGAAGAAGGCGACCGAGAUGCAAUCAGCAUUAAACAACCGAAGACGAUUUUUGAAUUUGGUUUGCCUGAUAUUAUCGCUUAUUCCCAAAGGAACAUCGUAAUUCCUCGUCCAGUUCGUUCCUGUCGUCGGUUUCUUCAAGAUUCAUUUAUUUUGUCAUUUUCUCUC